AUCCUGACUAUUGCUAAUAAUCUCUUCCGUAUUUGUGGGAUUUAUAAAAUAUUCAAAAUAUACCAAGUUAAUCCUGGCACAUGGAACAGGAAAAUCCCUGAAGAGUCUCUCUCCACACCUAGCAGUCAAAAUACAAUAAACAACCCCCCAAAAGAGAGGAUAUAUUGCUAUUCUUUCAUAGCAACCCAAAUCUGCCACCUGAGGCAUCUUCUUCACUCUGCCAAUGCCUACGGCUGCUCUUCGAUUAAGAAGUGGAACCUGAAGUUGCCAGGUUUACAUGCUUUGAAAUAGCAUCACAGGAAUAAUUACGUAACGUAUUAUUUCUGGAAUGUUCUGUUUCAGAUGCCAAAAUAGCAUGGAUACAAAGUAUCUUAGGGGUAAAGGAAAUUUCUCUUUCACUGCAGGCUACUUUCUCAAACUCUUGCUUGUUUUCAUUGCUCUUAUCCACACCCUUUCAAUUUCCACAACAACUUUUUUUAGGUGCAAUGAACGGAGGAGUGGCUACAAUACACAGCUCUUUUAUACUUGUCACUCUACACCCCCUGCAUUCAUCUUGUAAUCUUCUCCCAUUUUGCUAAACCUAUUAUUUCAUCAGGUUUUCUUGUCUUUUAACUUAUUUUAGUUAAAUAUUACAGGAGCAUUGGGAUAUUGAUUUUUAUUUAUUAAUGUAUCCUUGCCUUUUGUCUUUUACUGUUUAUAUGGUCAGUGGACUAAUCAAUAAACAAAUCUAUCUAUACAUUUUUUUGGACUCACUGACCUAUUUGCAAGAUUAAUCUUUCCUAAUCUAACCUGGUGGCACAGUGUUUUAAAGCGCUGAGCUGCUGAACUUGCAGACCAAAAGGUCCCAGGUUCAAAUCCCGGGAGCGGAAUGAGCGCCCGCUGUUAGCCCUAGAUCCUGCCAACCUAGCAGUUCGAAAACAUGCAAAUGUGAGUAGAUCCAUAGGUACUGCUCCGACGGGAAGGUAACGGCGCUCCAUGCAGUCAUGCCGGCCACAUUACCUGGAGAUGUCUAUGGACAAUGCCGGCUCUUCGGCUUAGAAAUGGAGAUGAGCACCAACCCCCAGAGUCGGUCACGACUGGACUUAACGUCAGGGGAAACCUUUACCUUUACCUUAAUCUAAUGACCUAAAAACAAGACAGUAGCUGUUUUCCCUGUACUAACACAGAUCAAGCCCAAUUUCCAGUUCAGAGAUGAUGAUAUUUUGUAAAUAACAGGUGGCAAAGCAAAGAGAAAGCCACACCUCUCCAAAGCAAAACUCUAUAAAACCUGAAACAUACAUUCCAUCCAAACCCCAAAAAAAGACUACCUGAGAGAAUGACUGCUAACAUGGCCCCUACACUGCUCUUCUUGAUCCUUAUGGGAAUACUUCAUGUGUUCAACUCAGCACCAUCGUCAUCAACCACAUCAUCAUCAACCACAGUGACACCUACAACACCAGGACUGUCCCUGAGGCUAGAAGACACCUACAACUACUGUGAGGGACGUGUUGAAGUUUAUUAUGAAGGCGCCUGGGGGACCGUUUGUGGCAACAACUGGGACAUCAAGAACUCCCAGGUUGUCUGUAGGCAGCUUGGCUGCGGAAAUGCUGUCCAAAUUGUUCCUUGGCCUCGAUUUGGCCAGGGCUCAGGCCGAAUCCUCCUAGAUGGUGUCCAGUGUGAGGGGGAUGAAGCCUUCCUGUGGGACUGCAAGAACCGUGGAUGGGGGGUCCAUAGCUGCACUCAUCAACAGGAUGCCACUAUUCUCUGCCAAGAUGAAAUCUAUAAACCAGCUGGAACUGUAGGAGAUUUCAUAUCUUUACAGCUGGAGAAUGGUCCCAAUUCAUGCGCUGGUCGUGUUGAAGUCACUUACUUUGCAAACUGGCGGACUGUGAUUUGCAGUGAAGGAUGGGACAUAAAGGAUGCUGAAACUGUCUGCCAACAGCUUGGUUGUGGCUAUGCUCUGGUUGCCUUGACGAAUGGCCUUUUUGGAGAAGGAAGAGGUGGGCCUCUGAUGACCAAAGUAGAUUGCUCUAAUGAGCACUAUGAUUUGUUUUCUUGUUCUUACGAAUAUCGGCCUGCUACCUGUGGAAACUACAAGCACGCUGGCGUUAUAUGCUCAGAAUCUGGGAUGACAACACCUAAGCAGCAAUUAUUAUCAACAACACCAAGUAAGUCUUGUUAA